AAUGUAAGCGAAACAACUUCCGAUGAUUAAAGGGAAGAGUGUGAGAAACAUUGGAGUGAUAUUAUAUGAAAUUGAUUUUAAAAGAAAGUUGAUAGUUGAAUAAUUUUUUUUGAAUUUCUUAAACCAAUAUGAUCGUUCAGUUAUUGGUAGUAAUUCUUUCCGUGUUGGAAUGCACAUCUCGUGUCGUGAAGCCGCAUCGGAACUGUCACCAUAAUGUGUGUUACUUUGAAUUUAAUGUUGACUACAAAUUUACCAUGAUGUGGUAUAAUUACACAAACGUAAGGGAACCGAGUUAUAACCCCGUGAUGAUCAGAGACGGGAUUUUACAGAGAAGAGUAGCGAGCGGCACGUGCAGAGACCAGUAUAUUCCACUCACCAGAGAAGAGUUAAGGGACAAUGUUAGUGCUGGGGAUGGUAGUUACAGACUAGUAUACGCCAUCAAUGGGCAAAUUCCGGGACCAGAUAUUGUGGUGUUCGAAGAUCAAGUGGUUUCCGUCGUCGUUAGGAACGCCAUGAAGACUGAAGCGGUUAGUAUCCACUGGCACGGCUUGUUUCAACGAGGAACACCUUGGAUGGACGGACCGGAAAUGAUAUCCCAGUGUCCCAUACUACCGGGGCAAACAUUUGAAUACAGAUUCGUGGCUUCCCCCGCCGGCACUCACUGGUACCAUGGACACAGCGGCAGCCUGCGGUCUGAUGGAUUAGCCGGAGCCUUGAUCGUGUUGCCGAGACUCAAGCCACCCAUUAGUUUCGUAGAACAGCCAACCCCGGAUGUAAACGAAGAAUUCGUUGCAGUCCUGUUUGAUUGGACAAAACGCUCCUCCACAGAAGUGCUACAGGCUACUCGAGGCGGAUUUGCAGUUUUAGAUGAGUAUGACGGAUCCUGUUCCCCUAUAACAACACAUCCAGACGGAUCCGCAGUUCUGUUUCAACUCCAUGCGGGUCUUGUUAAUGGACGUGGACGAAAAUAUAUUCCUGAAAAUCCAACGAUUGCUGAGAAGCCAUACAUACCUCUGGAAACAUUUACAGUUACUCCGAACGGUUACUACAGAUUCAGAAUCAUCAACGCAGGUUUCGAUGGAGCAUUUGAGAUUUCUAUCGAUGAGCAUAUCCUGAUUAUUGUGGCUUUAGAUGGAAACGAUGUAGAACCGUACAAAUCAGAUAUUGUGGUCUUACAAGUAGGAGAAAGCGUGGAUUUUAUCAUAUUUGCCGGGCAGCCUCGAAAUAACUAUUACAUCAACUUUAUUAGCACCAUGACAAGGCUAAUCACAGGGGAAAAUAUAGUGUACCGCAAGCGUACCUUCGCUGUUCUAAAUUACCAGGGCAUAGAUGAAUAUCUGACUCCUACUGCACGGCCACGUGCUUGUUCACCGAUCUUGCCAUGUCUAGCAGUAAAUCAAGUUUAUGGCCUUUAUCCUCCUGAGACCAAUACGAUAAAUGUUCCAAUAACACGACUACGAUCAACUCCAUGGGCCUUGAGGAAACUUCCGGUCCCAAUCGUGGAACUUGGCGAUAUUAAGCAGUUGUUCUUUCUCAAUUUCAACCUUAUCCCGGGAAGGGGAUCAACAAUCAACGGUCACCAAUUUCGAAAACCAACCUCGGCUCUGCAGACCUAUCCCGGACCAGACGCCAUUGUGCCCUGUGGACCAGAUACGUGCACUGACACUGAAUGCAGAUGUACUCACCUUCUUAAACUAGAACUUGGGAAUGUAAUAGAAAUGGUUAUUUUCUCUUUCGGUACACCUAAAGUUGCUCACCCUGUUCAUCUACAUGGACAUCAUUUCCACGUCUUGAAAAUUGGAUAUCCCCCAUUUGAUCCACAGACCGGAAAUUCUACCGCACGAAAUCCAGAUAUUAGAUGUUUGAAUAAUGAUUGCACGCGGGCAACGUGGGCAGAUCCCUCUUGGGCCGAUGGAAAUAUCCCUGACUUAAAUCUUGUAAAUCCCGUAUUGAAAGACACCGUCACUGUACCGGCAAAUGGCUAUGUUAUAAUUAGGUUCAAAGCGGAUAACCCGGGAUAUUGGUUUAUGCACUGCCAUUUCACACACCACCUGGCGGAGGGAAUGAGCUUGGUGAUGCAGGAGGGGGAUAUAAAGGACAUGGCUCCAACACCUCCGAAUUUUCCUACGUGCAAUAACUUUAGGGUGGACCCAGAAAGCUGGACAUUGGCACUUAAUAGAGAAGAAGCAAAACUUGCUCUACAAGGUAUUGCUCCAAGUCACACAUCAGGUGUCGCUGUACAGGGACAAGGAAAUACGUUCAACGUCUGCGAUGUGUUUCUAGGGAUGUGCAAAGGCCCUCUGAAUAUGUUUGCCUAGCUGUGCUUCUACAAAAUGAUAAAUAAAUGUACAUAAAG